UACGUUGGAUUACUCUCUGGAAUUGGACUUCUUUCUCGGAUUGUGGAUUAAAUUCUCAUGGACAGUUUCUUGUGACUUCCCUCUCUGAACUUCUCUGUGGACAUUUGGAUUACUAUUGUUUCCUGGGUAUUUUCUCAGAUCUCCCUGAUCAUCAACUCCAGAGGACCAAGAGUGGUUGGGGUGCUUUUGACGUGCCUCCCCUCCACCAUAAGUGUGGGUGUGUGUCCGUGUGUGCUUAUGCCUGUGAGUCCUGCGUGGGGGUCAGCUGGAGUCCUCUCCUCUCUGUGAAAGGCCCCGACCAGGACAGGUGGUGUGGGGGGGUGGGCUUUGGUUGCCGGGGCGUGCAAGGCAAAGCCGCCACCAUGAACGUCACAUCGCUGUUCUCUUUCACGAGCCCGGCCGUGAAGCGGCUUCUGGGCUGGAAGCAGGGUGACGAGGAGGAGAAGUGGGCGGAGAAGGCGGUGGACGCGCUGGUCAAGAAGCUGAAGAAAAAGAAGGGUGCCAUGGAGGAGCUGGAGAGAGCCCUCAGCUGCCCAGGCCAACCCAGCAGCUGCGUCACCAUUCCACGCUCGCUGGACGGACGCCUCCAGGUGUCCCACCGUAAGGGUCUGCCACAUGUCAUCUACUGCCGCGUGUGGCGCUGGCCCGACCUGCAGUCUCACCAUGAGCUAAAGGCCCUAGAGUGCUGCGAGUACCCUUUCGGCUCCAAGCAGAAGGACGUCUGUAUCAAUCCCUAUCACUACAAGAGAGUGGACAGUCCAGUGCUGCCUCCUGUGUUGGUACCACGCACCAGUGAGUUCAACGCGAAGCUGAGUAUGCUGCCUCGCUUCCGGAACCCUCUGCACCAGGCUGAGCCUCACAUGCCUCAGAACGCUACCUUCCCUGACUCCUUCCCGCAGCAGCCACCUCAGCCACCAGCCGGCAGCCUGCCCUUCGCUCCACACUCGCCCACUAACAGCUACCCAAACUCCCCAGGCAGCAACGCAGGCAGCAGUGCCACUUUCCCACAGUCACCCUCCAGCUCUGACCCCGGCAGCCCCUUCCAGAUGCCAGAAACCCCUCCACCUGCCUACAUGCCCCCAGAUGAACCAAUGACCCAAGACUGUCCUCAACCAAUGGACACCAAUCUGCUGGCUCCCACUCUGGCUCUUGAGAACAGCAACCGCCCAGAUGUGCAGCCAGUGGCUUAUGAGGAGCCGAAGCAUUGGUGCAGUAUUGUUUACUAUGAGCUAAAUAACCGUGUUGGCGAGGCCUUCCAGGCAUCUUCUACUAGCGUACUGGUGGAUGGCUUCACUGACCCCUCCAACAAUCGCAGCCGCUUCUGCCUGGGCUUGCUCUCAAAUGUAAAUCGCAACUCCACCAUCGAGAACACUCGACGCCAUAUUGGCAAAGGCGUGCAUCUGUAUUAUGUGGGUGGAGAGGUAUACGCUGAGUGUUUGAGUGACAGCAGCAUCUUUGUGCAGAGCCGUAACUGUAACUACCACCAUGGCUUCCAUCCUACUACGGUCUGCAAGAUCCCUAGUGGCUGCAGCCUCAAGAUCUUCAACAACCAGGAGUUUGCGGAGCUACUGGCCCAAUCUGUCAACCACGGCUUUGAGGCUGUUUACGAGCUUACCAAAAUGUGCACCAUCCGCAUGAGUUUUGUAAAGGGCUGGGGUGCAGAGUACCACCGGCAGGAUGUCACUAGCACCCCCUGCUGGAUUGAGAUCCACCUGCAUGGCCCACUGCAGUGGCUGGAUAAGGUCCUGACCCAGAUGGGCUCUCCUCACAACCCAAUUUCUUCGGUGUCCUAAUCGUAACUGAGCCUGGAUGUAAGGGUGGGCUGGGGUGGGGUAAACAGAGCACCCAUCCCCCCGGGUAUCUAGAGCAUUAGUUUGACUGAUGGGGGGGGGGGGGGGGGGGGGGUGAGGUAGCUCAGGUGGGUGUUUGUACUCAAUUUCAGAGUAUGCAUCAGACCAGUUCUAGAGGGCCAGUGUGUCUGCUGGUUUUCAGGAGUGAAUUUCUUAUUGCAGUCAGUUGCUUCAACCAGUCCCUUUGUGAGCUUUCUGAAAACUGGUUCACACCAUGCCCCCUAAGAGCCAGUCUGUGCAGCUCUGUUCUACUUGAAGGAGGUCUAACUAGGGCAUAAUGGGGUAGAGAAGACUGACAGGGCAGUCUUCAGAGUUGUUAUUUGGGAAUCUGGAAGAUACUUGAUUUAAAAACAAAGUGUGACCAAGCGUAAUAAAAAAAAUCAGACUAGCAUACUCAUUGCCAAGUAUCCUUCCUCUAGAAUCUUCUGGUGGCCUUCUUUUUGCUAUUGCAUUUUGUUUAUCUUCUCUCUGUCUUUUUUUCCAGUUUCUCCUCCGCUCUUUCUUUUAAAGUUUACGUCACAGUAUUCCAUGUGGGAUCCCCUGGAGAGUUCCAUGGGGAGUUUGGGACAAUGGGUGGGGGGGAGGGGGGGGGGGGGUGCAUUUUUUAUGUGUACAGACUUUGAAUAGUGAAGGAAACACUCAGUUGAAUAGAAACUGAAAAGAAAAAAUGUUUAAAUUAAUGUAAAAAUGGAUGUCACUAGAUUUUAGAUUAGGCAAGUUUACAUAUUCAGGUUAAUAAAAUAAACCAGUGUGCCAGAUACUUAUAGGUGGUUAUGUCAAGAUGGCAGGAGGAAUGUCACAGAGAUUGUUAAGUAAGUGACAGAAGGAUUUGGACACACAUGAUCUGCUCUUUAAAUGACACGCAAUAGUGUGACUUGUCAUGAUGUGCUCUUUUCAUCAUACUAUUGUGUCUAAGGGAAUGUGCAAGUUGGGCAGAGCCAUUUGAAAAUUCUGUUGUCAAUGUGCAUUAUGCAAGUCAGCGUUUUGGAAGAUUGCCUUAAAAAUUCCAAAAUUCUUAAUGUGAUCUACAGUAUCCCUGAUUUUUCUGUAAAAGCAAUUAAUUGCGGUAGAAGGGAGUGUGAAGACAACAGUGGGUGGUCAUUGAAUAAACAUGUUUGGCUACAUGUUUCAGUAGUGUUAAAGGUGAGACAAAAGACUUUGUUUUAGAUGCACUCAUCCCCUAGACUAAGUGCUAUGCAGUCUUUAUCUUUAUUGCUUCUUUGAUCAGAGUUUGUUUGGUCACGUAAAGAAUAUUUUAUGCCAACAAUGUAUUUUUUUCUGGAGCAGCAGAAAAUACAGGCAAGUCAGUACUGACUUGCAGAGUGGAUACCAUAAAGAUGCAUUGCAUUUGUUUCUUUGACUGAAUCUGACUCAGCUAAAUCAUGUACCAAUUCAAACAGUCAUGUUCUGCCUGAGCCUCUCCAGUUAGUUCUUACUGGAAAAAGUAAACAUUUCAUAUCUGUGUUCUUGUGAGUUGCUGUGGGUUAUAAAUUGAUCUUUUUCUAGUAAAAUGCAAACUAGAUAAUACUUAUUUCUUGUCCAUUGUUUAGGCAAACAGAAAUCCCAUCCGGUGUUAAUGUAAACAUUUUUGUAUUUUUGAGAUGUUUUACUGUUUUUUUUUUUUUAUAUGCACUUUCACAGAUGGCUCCUUUCUGCAUUUCUCGUUUGUCUCUUUUUUUAGCUGGUUUUGCUAGUAGUAGGCCUAUUCCCAGAAAGCAGUUUUAUUCCAUGAAUAUCAAGUCUACUGGAAGAUUCAAUAAAAAAAAAAAACUGUUUCUUUA